CAUGAAUUCCAGCUUGCUAAGUGCCGGCUCCAGUUUGAAACUAUGGACUAAUAGUCCAGCAUUCAACGAGGUUACAGAAUGGCGCCCUUCAGACAAGCCUAUUGCAGACUGCUCUUGGAGUUUGGAUGGUCGACUUGUAGUUACAUGCGUUGAAAAGGGCGCAGGACCAUGCUAUAUAACAAAGCUCAGCUCCGAUUUUCGAAGAAUCGAAGCUCAGGAAGAAAUAGGACGAGGUUGUUCCACAGUGGCAGCUUCGUCUGAUGGAAGAUAUGUACUUGGAGGAAGAGAAGAUGGUGUUGUUAUAAAUUAUGACUUGAAAAAUAAAAAGAUUCAAAAGACAUAUGAUCUUUCUACAAGUGGAUUGUCAACGGUAUCCCUGCAUCAUUCCGAUAGAAAUUUCGCUGCAGCAGCUAAUAACGACGUAUAUCUCAUAAAUACUGUAACAGCAGAACGUUCUUCCCCUUUAAAACAUACGAGCGCUGUACAAUAUGUCAAAUAUAGUCUGCAGACUAAACAUUUACUAGCAACUGCUUGUAGUAGUGGUGACGUUUUUCUUUGGAACGCCAGUACUAAGCAGCAAAUGCAUGCUUUUAAGUCUAUUCAUCAUUCUCCUGUAACAUGUAUUACACAUUCUCCCAUAAACGAACGACUGAUGAUGAGUUCUGGCUUAGAUAGAAAAAUUAUGUUUUAUGAUUGCUUAACUCAUCAGAAUAUAAAUAAGAUUUUUUUGGAUUCUCCAGCAACUGCAGUAGAUUUGCAUUCUGAUGGAUACACUAUUGUCGGAGGCACAACAAGGGGAACGAUCCACGUUUACGAUCUAAGGCAACUGAAUAAGCCUGUUCAUACAAUGCAUUGCGCUCAUACCAGCAGUGUAAAGGUGCUAAAAUUUCAACUUGCUGAAUUAUUCAAUAAGAAAAAACGUCAAAGUAAUAUCUCUUCCCCAAAUCAUUCAAAUCAUUCAGUUGAGUUUAAAACGCCCUCUGUUGCCUCUGCUUCUAGAAAUUCUAGUUAUGAAAUAUUUUCUCCAUUGUCUCCUGAAAAUGGAAAGCGAACUCAAAAUCAAGAUGGUUUCUCACCUAAUUUAGUGAAGGACAGGACCUUUUCCCCUAAUUUAAAUUUUCGUACUGAAAUGUCUGACUCUCCGAAAAAUCAUUUGACAAGGCCUACUCAGAAAACUCCAGUCACAAACAAUCAUUCAAUAAAUAAAGACACAUCAAAGUUUACAAGCAAUGGAACCAAUGAUAUAGACGAGGAAAAGAAGCACGAUUCGUCUUCGUUUUUCCUUCAUAGUUUGCCAUCGAGUCAACCCCAACGCGCUGAACUUAGUGAUGAUACUAAGAGAGGAGCAGCUGGAGAUUCUAACACGAUAACUUCACAAAUUCAAACUGAACUAAUCCGUCAAAUUGUCAGGGAGGAACUAGAUGACGUUUAUGAAAGACUACAUAGUGACAUUGUGGCAACAAGAUUAAAUUUAAUAAGCACAAUGGCAUCCUAUCGAGAUGAAAUUAUUGAUGCAAUUCACCAGGGUUCUCUAAAUGACGACUUAAUGAGAGAGAACGAAAAAUUAAGAUCCGAAGUAAACAGAUUAAACAGACGGUAUUAA